UUCAUCCAAGUUGGGGGGGGAGUAGGCCACUCAGUCAAAGACAAUCAAAGAUGUUUGAGUUUCCAUGCGCAGUGACCAGGGAGGUAAAACGCAGGGCAUUAUUACCCCUCCUCCAGCUCCGAUCACUCCGGCCUCCACACUGCACGGCUUUUUAAAUCGCGUUUGAUCAGAAGAAAUCUUUUCUGGCCAAAAGAGAAAACUGGUCAUGCGAUUUGCUUCCGCCGAAGGAAAGAAGGAGAAACUAGAUAAGACCUGUUGGCGAUGAUGGAUUACUCAAAGGCGCAAAUGUCAAACUUGUCCGAGGAGAGCAGUUCAGCUGGGUGUCCUCAGUCCAGUCCUGCUGGGGUGAAGCUGGAGGCGGUAAUGGAGCAGCUGCAGAGACAACAGGAAGCCAAACUGGAGAUGAACCUGCAAGAGAAACAUCUUCUUCAAGCUCAGCUCCUGUUUGCUCAGCACGCUGCUGCAGCCAGAGUCUCUGGCUCCAGGCUAGACUCUGCAUUAUUUGGCAAAGCAGACGGACAGACUUAUCAGGAAGCCCAACAAGCUUUGAGCAGCCAUCUCAGCAGAAUGGAUCCAGAUGAAGAAGAUGAAGACACGGAUGUGGACGAACAGGAGAAUGAUGAGUUGGUGGACGAUGAAGAGGAGGACGAGGAGAAUGGGCUUCAUCAGCAGGCGAAGAAGCCCAGACUCCAGCAGGUUCCCGGCUUCCCCUUUCCUCCUUAUUCCACAUCUCCGUCACCUGCUGUGAAGCAAACGUCUGAAUCUCCACCUCCAGCAACAAAACAGGAGCAUGAGGAGAAGGACCUGCUGUCUCCUGCCGGUCACCAUGCCUUCACAUCACCCAGUGGCUUCACUGACUGGGGCUUCGAUGAACCAUUUAAACAAAGAGGAAGUGCCAUCUGGGCUGAGGAGAAUGAAGGAGGAAAAGUAAAAGGAGAGCCAUCCAGGGACUUUGCCAAGCUGUAUGAACUCGAUAAUGACCCACAACGGAAGGAGUUUCUUGAUGAACUCUUUGUCUUUAUGCAGAAACGAGGAACUCCUGUGAACCGCAUCCCCAUCAUGGCGAAGCAGGUGCUGGACCUGUACAGGCUUUAUAAGCUUGUGACAGAGAAGGGAGGUCUGGUGGAGGUUAUUAACAAGAAGAUCUGGAGGGAAAUUACCAAAGGCCUGAACCUCCCCACGUCGAUCACAAGCGCAGCUUUCACCCUCCGCACCCAGUAUAUGAAGUACCUGUACCCGUUUGAGUGUGAGAAGAAGGGGCUGAGUUCUCCCGGUGAGCUGCAGGCCGCCAUCGACAGCAACCGCCGAGAAGGUCGACGUCCCAGCUACACCAACAGCCUGUACCGCUACUCUCCCUCCCCGAGCUCUGCUCCACACGCCCACCUCUCCUCCCCCACGAUGCAAACCACCCCGGCCGCGCACAACAGCCUGAACACAUCCGCUAGUCCAAAUCUAAAGAGAAACACAGAUGAGAUCCCCACCCCUUUAAUACCCAGCCGGCUGCCCAUGGCCAUGGCACUGGGGCAGCAGCAGCAGCAGCAACUGGCACAAGCUGCCACAUUAGAGCAUCUCAGAGAGAGGCUGGAGCGGGGAGCAGGAGGAGCUGCAGUCGACGGGCCAGAGAAGAAAAUGAUGCGGCUGGCUGAGGAGCAGCAGCGCCUCAUGCAGCAGGCCCUCCAACAAAACCUCCUGGCCAUGGCUUCUCACUUCAGCCCAAUGAACCUCAAGCUUAACAAUGGACACGAGAGCAAACAGGAUUUGUCUCUGAGUAUCUCCACUAAUGGCGCAGCCAGUAUCAGAGUAUCUGUGGAGGUCAAUGGUACUAUUUACUCAGGAACACUGUUUGCUCAGAAGUCAGCUGCUCCCGUGGCGUCACAGGCUGUAACUCUGGCAGGAACAAGUGGUUUCAGUGCCCUCUCCUCCUCCCACAGUCCCUCAUCUUCAUCUUCCACCUCCUCAAAGGGACCAAAUUAAGGCUCACUGGCUUUUAAAUCUAUUCUGAGCCAAAUGAUUGCACAGUAUUCCUCUCUUGUCAGACAAGAACUAUAUGAACUUUAGGGAAAAUUGGCUGCAACACAUGAAUUAAUUCAGUUUUUUCUAGCAUUGUUUUUCCAUUUCUUUGAGGGCGUAAUGUUCUUUAAAUGAUUCUUGUCAAGAGGACAUUUGUUUUACCUCAAAGGCUUCAAGACUGACUAUAAUGUAGAUUUGGAUCUCAGUUUACCUUAGUGCUGGUCAGAAGCUUUUUUUAAAUGUAGUUGCAUUCACGUGUAAAGGGCUUUACAAGGUUUGUUCAGAAGUAUCUUUAGAGUAGAAAAGUGCACGAUGAGAACCAAUGCCAAGCUUUUUUGGGUGUCAACUGCAUAUAUAGCUAAUUAUCAAACAGGUCUGUGGUUGACUUUUUUUUUCCAAGGUCAUGAGUAGAAAAGUGUGGUUGCCAAAGUGCAGCUAUUUAAGACCAAAAAGCCGUAGCUCAGUGUCGUAUCUCCUGUCUGUAACGGUUUUGCUGAAGCCAUUUUUUUUUUUUUUUUUAUCCCUACUGGUAAAAAUUUGGUUUAAUGUGAGUGAAAUGUUAUAGUUUAUACUUUUCAUAGCAGCUUUCAGGGAUUAUGUACAUCAUCGUUUUCCAGAAAUUGUGUCUCCUGAAGAAUCAAAUGGAAUUUAAAAGAAAUUGGUUUUAGGUUGGUUGGAUCUUUUUUAAUGUUUUGUAUUGUGUUUUAUUUUUUUCCUCAAAUUUUUUUUUUAUUUUUAUUUAAUCAUAUAGCAUGGCCUGAAAAGUGCAAAACAGUUAUUUCAUAUCAGCUGUGAAUCAAAGGCAAAAUUUGGUCAACAAGAAUUCUGCUGGGAGCUAAAUGUAAGAAAGUAGUGAUACAACAUUUACCUCAUUUGACUUCCCAUGUUGGUAAGUUUCUUGGGAAUUUCUUCAGGAAUGUCCUCUGAAUGUCCUCUGGACUCAUCACUGUUAUACUCUAUCUAAUAAUAUAUUGCUGUGUUGUAUUUGUAUAAACGCAGAGAAUGUAUCGUUAAUUUCCUCAAGCUUUUAACAAGUUAACACUGAAACAGGUCUACCUCACUCUUCUAGUGGACUAUGCAAUACUUAAUGCAGCAUGUGUUGAUUUAGCCAUCUGCUGAAAUACGUGGACAAUCAGGUAGACAUAUUGCAAACAAAUGUCACUGUGAACUUGACAACU